AUGCCCAUCAGUGGACUUCUCACUAAGUUCUUCAAUCUGCUAAUAGGCCAAUCCCGGGGCCGUGGAAGUUUCGAGUCCAGCCAGCGGGAACUAGAAUUUCCCACGUUUGAGGCUUUCUCCCGGCAGGGCCGAGUCGGUUUCAGUUGCAAGCACGGAUUUAAUGACUAUUUAGAGUACGUCGCUGCCAUCAAUCUGGUUAUACAAGGGAAAAUAGGCCAAAAACUAAAGUGGUAUUUUAAGCUCUACAGUGAGGAUGGAAAUGGCCUGAUGGACAAGAAGGAACUGUUGAGCAUUUUCACUGCUGUGAAGGCUAUUAGUGGCCAGCAGACUAUGAGCACGGGAGAAUUCACGGUCACUGUGUUUCAAAAGAUCGACGUGAAUGAUGACGGGCAGUUGACUUUAGAGGAAUUCCUCAGUGGCAUCGAGAAAGACCAGGACCUUCUGGAGUUGACCUCCAAGAGCUUCGACCUUUCCAACGUCCUGAAAGUAAUCCGGGAUGGGGGCCACACAACGCCUGAGAUCCUGACUGCGGAUUGA